ACGCGCUCUGCUUGUUGUGGCGAUCCUCCCUGCUCCUCCGCUCCUCCGCUCCUCUGCUCCUCCUCCGCUGGAGCUGCUGUUUCCCGGAGCCGUCGUGACAGUCUCCCUGGUCCAGUCUCAGGUCCAGUUCCUGAUCCGGUCCCUGGUCCGGUCUCGGGCAGAUUCCGGUGUGUGUCAAACGGACGGAGGAUUUGACUUUGUUUUUCGACGCAUGGGAGUCUCACCGGAGACGGAGACGACAGCCCUGAGUCCUGACCACUGGGAGGGAUGAGUGAGGCGGACACACAGUUUUACAGUGUCCAGGUGGGCGACUCCACCUUCACUGUUCUCCAGCGCUACCAGCAGCUGCGCGCCAUCGGCUCCGGCGCCCAGGGCAUCGUCUGCUCGGCCUUGGACUCUGUUCUGGGGAUUCCAGUGGCUGUGAAGAAGCUGUGUCGACCGUUUCAGAACCAGACCCACGCCAAACGGGCCUACAGAGAACUGGUUCUGCUCAAAUGUGUCAACCACAAGAAUAUCAUUCGUCUGAUCAAUGUGUUCACGCCUCAAAAGUCUCUGGAGGAGUUUCAGGAUCUGUACCUGGUGAUGGAGCUGAUGGAUGCCAGUCUGUGCCAGGUGAUACACAUGGACCUGGACCACGAGAGGAUGUCCUACCUGCUCUACCAGAUCCUCUGUGGCAUCAGACACCUGCACUCCGCUGGCAUCAUCCACAGGGAUCUGAAGCCGAGUAACAUCGUGGUGAAGUCCGACUGCACGCUGAAGAUCCUGGACUUUGGUUUGGCCAGGACGGCCUGCACGAACUUCAUGAUGACCCCGUAUGUGGUGACCAGAUACUACAGGGCCCCAGAGGUCAUCCUGGGGAUGAAGUACAAGGAGAACGUGGACAUCUGGUCAGUGGGGUGCAUCAUGGGAGAAAUGGUCAAAGGCAGCGUCAUCUUCCAGGGGACCGACCAUAUCGACCAGUGGAAUAAGGUCAUCGAGGUCCUGGGCACGCCCAGUCUGGAGUUCAUGAACCGCCUGAUGGAGACGGUCAGAAACUACGUGAUGAACAAGCCGCAGUAUCCGGGGGUCAGCUUCAGCGAGCUGUUUCCUGAUUGGGCGUUUCCUUCCGAGGCCGAACACGACAAACUCAAGACGUGUCAGGCCCGGGACCUGCUGUCCAAAAUGCUGGUCAUCGAUCCCGAGAGCCGUAUCUCCGUGGAGGAGGCGCUAAACCAUCCCUACAUCCACGUUUGGUACGACCCGGCCGAGGCGGACGCCCCGCCUCCUCAGAUCUCGGAUAAGCAGCUGGAGGAGAGAGAGCACAGCAUCGAGCAGUGGAAAGAACUCAUUUAUGAAGAAGUGAUGGACUGGGAAGAAAGGAACAAGAACGGACUGAUGAAAGAAGAGUGUUCAGAUGUGGUGUCGGGUUCCGCCUCCCAGUCGUCGUCGGCCAACGACAUCUCGUCCAUGUCCACGGAGCACACCUUGGCGUCGGACACGGACAGCAGCAGCAUCGACACGCUGACCGGCCCGCUGGACGAGUGCCAGUGACGGGCCGGCCCACCGGUUACCUGAAUGUCAUUUCAUCGUCUGCCUUUAUACUCGAGUAAAAUUGAGUCUAUUUUUAUAUUUUGUUUCCAUGUGAAGCUGGUGGCUCCUGAUCUGGAGACUCAGACUCGGCCGUGAGGUCAAACAGACGAG